GUAAGGCAGGAGGCCAUCAGAGAGAAGGAGAGGAUGCUCAAGGAAGAGGAGGACAUGAAGAAGGCCAAGGAAGCUGAGGACAAGGCUCUUCGUAAGCUUAAGGAGAGGAAAGAUUUCGAAGAAAGAAUUGGGGCAAUAGUUGGCACGAAGAUUAACGAUGCUUGCGAGAUCUUCCUUGGCAAAACAGACAAAGACAGGAUUUCGCCAACCGAUCCUGCAAGAGCUCGUGGAGUUCAACUAAGAGGGCGUGCCACGGUGGACGUGGAGAAAGAACUGUUGGAGAAGCAGAUUGAAGUCCUGAGACGCGAGCACGGAUGUAUUAAGAAGCAUAUGGAGGAGUUGACCAGAACUCUAAAACAGACUAGCGCAGGGACGAAGAGAGCGGGAUCAGGUGUCUGCAUUACAAGUCCUCCGGAGGCGCUUGCCAGAGGGAAGGCGCGUGUAUUGGGUACGAGAACACCAACAUCCAGUGAGUUCCAGAAGCUCCUCAGAGCUUACAAUUUGAUGAAGGAGGAGAAGCGAAUGGCUGAUAUUGAAGUACAGGCUCUGAGGGAUCGUUUUGAGAAGGCAGUGGCAAAAUUGUUCAGGCAAGGUCGGACUCCCCGAUCUAAUUUGACCCAGAGGAUGAAUGAGUCCACUGAUGAUGAGCGCGGCGACGAUCAAGGCCAGACUGAGGAAGGGUUGGAUGACUUAACGCUGAGACCUUCACCGCCGAAGAGAACGUCGGACAGGCUUGCUUCCAAGGCCGCAGUCACUGAAAGAAACGAGUUUAUCAAAGAUACGAAGAAGUACCUAAAGAGGCUGAAGAAGCAUGGUCUUCAAAUCUUAUGCGGGAAGGAAGAGUUGGAGAGACAGUACCAGGACCUGACGCAACAGCAUCAGGAAUUGCCAAAGCUCCGCCGCAUGGUGCAGAGCCACGAGGAUGCAACUCGGACACUCAAUGCCCGAUUGUUGGACCUGGAACAGGCUGUACCAGGACCAACUGUUGGGACUUCCAGCAGUGCACCCUCUAGCCGCCAACUGGAGGACUGCGUUGACCACGUAGUGGCAAUGCUCGGCGACAUCAGCACUUUCGCUGCGCCGACUACCACCAUCAGCAGUCAACUGCAUACAUUGAAGACCGAGGUCCAGCAGCUGCAGACGACGAACGCGGAUGGCAACCCGAAGAUGUAUAAGAUGCCAACUUUCAAUCUGGAGAGGUUCGACGACUACACGCAGCAGGAUCCGGUCCUCUGGUGGGAAGCAUUCACAACGCAACUCAGGAUUCUGCCCGUAGCCAAGCAUGCGUACAUCGGUGCCCUACCAGACUUGAAGGACAAAAUCACAUGGGAGGAAUUGACACGGCUGUGGAAAAAGCGGUUCAUCGUCGACGACGCGCCGACACUCGCCAUCAACCGUCUGUUCACCAUGUCACAGGGCAACACUGCAAGACGGGACUGGCUCACGGAGUGGCAGAAGAUUGCGACAGUGUCCAAUUUGGACCUGCCUUUCACUCAUCUCAGACGUGAGUUCUACAACAGAUCCUGUGCGGCAUUGAGCCAGGCUCUUGGUGAUCGCGAGCAGUAUUCAACCUUCGCUGAAAUCAUUUACAAGGCGAGGGAAAUCAUCGAGACCAACAGGUCAGCUGCACACGAGAAGUCACCAUGGCAGCCGACCUAUGUGGAGAAGGUACGAACUGGUCCGCGACAGCAGCACUUCGCUGCAGUCCAGCACGACAGUGGAGAUAACCCAGCAGCCACUCCAGCAUCAAGUGACAGAGAUCAGGUGGCUGUUGUCCAACCGCGAAGCAACAACAAGUCCCGCAACAAUGGGAAGGAGAAAUCCGCAUCGCAGGCCGGAAAUGGACAGCCAUUGGUUCCACCGCUGGACCAACCGCUCCACGUGCAACAAUCCACCGCAUGCACGGUUUCAUCACCAUCGGCAACCGAUUCAGCAGCUUCGCCGCAACCUAUUCCCGGGGAUUCAACGUCAUGGUCAAGACUUGAAGAGCUCGACCCAUUGACGUUCACGGACUUCCAGUGGAUGCCCGUUCCCCCGACCGGACGAUUGUCGAGACCGCAUUGCAAUAUGCUUAUGGCACAAUUGCGGGAUUACUUGCACACUGCAAUACCAGCUCCGUUGAUGGACGCCGGAGCAGAGGUUGUCGACCUUCACACUUACAUCGCGAAGAUCGACCGCGAGUUCAAGACGCAACGGUACGACGGCAUCGACGCACCAUUGCUAUACGUACGCAUUCAGAUUGGAGAGGCGACCUGCAGUGCCUUGAUCGAUUGCGGAGCGUCUCGCAACUACAUCAGCCAGGACUUCAUGGUGCGCGCCGGCCUUGGCCCACGGGUCCGGAGGAAGUCCCAGCCUACGCAAGUCACGUUGGCGGACGGUCACACACACAAGUCAAUCGACCGGUGCAUUGACAACGUCCCAGUGUACUUUGCCCCUCACGCAAGUGAGGCGGUGUCCUUUGACAUUCUGGACACCAAAUUUGACAUUAUCUUGGGCAUGUCAUGGCUGCAAUGCGAGGAUCACCCGGUGAACUUCUUCCACCGCACCGUUCACAUUCGUGAUCGGAACGGAGUACUAGUUCCAUGCACGGUGCCUCUUCCUCAUCCUUCGAUCAACUGCCACGUGGUAUCCGCUGCAAGCAUGCGAGCUUCCAUCAUCAGAGACAACAUCGAGGAGAUGGGGGUGUGUUUUCUACAUGCCCUCCCGCCCCAUGACGCUUCAUCGACGGACUCACCUUUGGAUCCACGCAUCACCGAACUUCUCGACGCCGACAGCGACGUGUUUGAAGGCCCGCACGGAGUAGUAACGGAUCGACCCAUCCGCCACGAGAUCAUCCUCGAGGACGGGGCCGUACCUCCACGCGGUUGCAUCUACCGAAUGAGCGAGGAAAAGUUAAGUGUGCUCCGCGCACAACUCGACGAUCUUCUAGAGAAAGGCUGGAUUCGGCCUAGCUUAUCGCCAUACGGUGCUCCUGUUCUCUUCGUCCGGAAGAAGAACAAGGACCUGCGGUUGUGCAUCGAUUAUCGCAAGCUCAACGCGCAGACGAUGAGGAACGCCGGCCCUCUCCCACGCAUCGAUGACCUUCUAGAGCGAUUGGGCGGCACCCAGUUCUUCUCUAAGCUGGAUCUUAAGUCAGGGUACCACCAACUCGAGAUUCGCAAGGAGGAUCGCUACAAGACCGCGUUCAAGACACGGUAUGAGCAUUUCGAAUGGUUGGUUAUGCGGUUUGGCCUUACGAAUGCCCCAGCCACUUUCCAAGCGGCUAUGACAAUGGAGUUCCGACACAUGCUGGAUCGGUUUGUACUCAUCUACCUCGAUGACAUCUUGGUGUAUAGUCGGAGUUUGGACGAGCAUGUGGAACAAGUGCGCACCGUUUUGGAGCGGCUACGACAAGCCAAGUACAAAGCAAGCCGCCACAAGUGUGAGUUCGCACAACAGGAGCUGGAGUACUUGGGACACUAUGUGACGCCGCAAGGCAUCCAUCCGCUUGUGGACAAGAUCGAGGCCCUACGAGUAUGGCCCGAGCCCACCAAAACCACGGACGUUCAUUCAUUCAUGGGGUUGGCGGGCUACUCUCAGCGAUUCAUCACCGGAUACUCCAGGAUUGCUGCACCUAUGACGAGGUUACAGGCGCCAAAGGUGUCAUUCGUAUCCGAUGACUACGCACGCCGGUCAUUCCAAGCACUUAAGACGACUAUGCUCAUGGCACCCGUCCUUAGCAUCUAUGACCUCACCCUGCCGACGCGAGUGACUACGGGCGCUUCCGGCUAUGGCAUUGGGGCAGUCUUGGAACAGCACGACGGCGACGACUGGCACCCUGUGGAGUAUUUCAGCCACAAAGUGCCUCCCAUCAACUCGCUUGAUGAUACCAGGAAGAAGGAGCUACUCGCAUUCGUGAUGGCUCUCAAGCGCUGGCGGCACUUCCUCCUUAGGUGUCAUAGGUUCACAUGGGUCACAGACAACAAUCCAUUAACCUACUAUAAGAUGCAGGACACGGUGAGCAGCACGAUCRGACGAUGGAUGUACUUCAUCGACCAAUUUGACUUCACACCGAAACAUGUCCCCGGCCUCGCCAAUCGCGCAGCAGAUGCACUCUCGCGAAGACCUGAUCUUUGCGCUAUGACACAUUAUGCCUUCGCAUUCGACGAGGAGCUUCAGCGACACUUCAUCCGGGCAUAUCAGUCUGAUCCGGACUUCGGCACGCUCUAUGCACAACUAUCUUCGGAUCACCCGCCGGCCAACCAUUACCGCAUUGUCGACGGGUACUUGCUCCUCCACUCGAGAGGCAAGGACUUACUAUGUGUCCCACGCGACCGUCGUCUUCGGACUCGCCUCCUCGGCGAGUAUCAUGAUUCACGACUCGCUGGCCAUUUCGGAGUCAACCGCACUAUUGCACGGCUUCGACAGUGAUUUCGAUGGCCCGACCUCAUUACCGAUGUCAAUCGGUAUUGCGACUAUGGCGAAGUUUGCUGACGAAGCAAGCCCCGCAACCGC